AAUAAGUCAGUAUUUUAAAGUAUAUUGUAAAAUAGAAACCUACUUGUUUAAUUAAUGUGUCAGAAUAUUCCCAAAGAAGACACUUUAAUCACGCCAGCACUUCCCGGCUGUUUGAGACAAGUGCAUCCCUGCGCUCAGAGAUGGCGUGUGUCGCCGCUGCCAGCGCGUGAGAGUACCCCCCCGCCCCAUCUGCCCCGUGCACGGGAGUGGGCCUCCGGGGGAGGAGGGAGUGGACCUCCGUGCUCGUGCUGGCCAUGCCCCGCCAGGGCGUCCUUUGACCAUCCAGGAUAGGAUGACAAUCUGGAACCAUGAUGCAAGGACUGAAAAACCGAACCAGGAAAGCCUUGGGCUUACGGAGAAAAGACAAGGACCCAGAGAGCACGAGCUCACCUGACAAAGAAGCAACAGGAAGUGGAAAGAAAGGAAACAAAAAGGCUAAUGGAGCUCCAAAUGGUUUCUAUGGGGAGUUUGACUGGGACCGCUAUGCAUCGCCAGACGUGGACGACGAGGGUUUCAGCCUCCGUCCUGGGGAUGAAGGUGAUGCAGCUGCCAAAGGGAAGCACUUUUUCUCCUCCAGCGACUCAGAGGAGGAGGAGGAGGACGGCAAGACAAUGUUCCGGAUCAAGAUCAAGCCCCUGGUGGCGGAGAGUGCCAGGUGCGUGCCUCCAUCCGUGGACGAGCUCAAAGCCUCCGUGGGAGGUUUGGCGCUUUCGCCGUCUCUGAAGAGAAGUCCGAGACGCAGCCCGAGACCCAUGAAAAGGAACCUUUCAUGUGAAGAAAUCGCUCGACCCAGACGCUCCACCCCGACUCCGACUCCGAGUCCAGCUCCUGAGACCCCGAGUGACCGGCUCCCGCAGAACAUCCCCGCCUUCUUUGGCCUGCCUUCUGAGACCCAGUACAUACCCAGAUAUGACGCGGUCCAUGCUGAUGUCUGGGGAGGACCAAGACCGAGGUCAGAAUCGCCUUUGAGUAGAAGUUUUCCAACAGGAGCUCCUCCUCCGCUGCCCCCAAAGAACAUCCUGUCCAGGAGUCCAGGCUGUCCUUGGCAGUCUGCUGUUGAUUUACCCAACGGAAGGGCAACUCGCAGCUCCGCCCCCAUCUACCUAAACGUCCUGUCGCCCUCGUCCUACCUCGGCUCCCCUGCCCCGGACCUUGACGACGUGUUUGGCUCCGUGGGCAGCUCCCACACCAGUAGUGAAGACACCACGUCCAGCAGAUGGGUGACUUUUACUAACGACAGACCUCCACCGCCUGACGAGCCCGCUCCGCCGCCUCCGCCGGAUUCCCCUGCCCCGGACACGCCCUCGUCCACACCCUCCACACCGUGCGUCUCACCCGGACCUCCUCCCAGCGAGCCCCCGCCUUCGCCUCCAGUCUUCUCUCCCCCGCCACCGUUCACGCCACCGGACUCGCCCCCUUCCAUCGUGCUCGGACCGCCGCCGCCCGAUGAGCCGGCCCCUCCCCUGCCACCGGACUUCUCUCCCUCCGGUUCACCGGCGGUCUGCCUUGAUGACGACUCCAUCGACGAGGAGGUGCUUCAGUUCGCACGUUACUCAUCGUCUCCGGCCCCCGUCAGCCCCGUGCCUCCUCUGCCGGCGGAGCGGAGGUCCCCGCGAGCCGGGGGCGUGUCUCCCCUAGUUUUGUCAGCGGUGGGGGGAAAGCGGACCCCAGAGGGAGUGCACCUGAGAGAAGACAUCCCAGACUUCAUAGGUUCCCCUAAGGAGCUGACACCGAGCUUCCGUGGAACACCACCUCCUCUUCCUCCAACCACAUACAGAUCCAUUAUGUCUUCCCCUGGGCCUUACUCCGGCAGCUGCCCGUCUUCUCCAGCCCGCUCUGCCACACCACAGUCCCGGGGCAGUCCGGUCCCUCCUCCGCCUCCCCCGCGGCCUUCCUCGCGACCAAAGUUGCCCCCAGGAAAACCAAUGGCGGACCUGACUCGACCCUUCAGUCCCCCGGUGUCUGGCAGCCCCCCACCCUUCGCCCCACUGGCUCGGGCUGAGAGCUCCUCCUCCAUCUCCUCCAUCAACUCCCAGAGUGCAGCCUCCACCCCCACUUUGGGGAGAGACCUCAACUUGUCCAGCACAGGGUGUUCACGAGGACCCAGUCCUCUCACCAUGGGACCCCAAGACACCCUUCCAGUCGCCGCUGCCUUCACAGAAACCAUCAACGCCUACUUCAAGGGCGCCGACCCCAGCAAGUGUGUGGUGAAGAUCACCGGGGAGAUGGUGCUCUCCUUCCCUGCAGGCAUCACCAGGCACUUUGCCAACCACCCCACUCAGCCCGUCCUCAUCUUCAGCAUCAGCAACUACACCCGACUCCAGCAGGUCCUCCCCAAUCCACAGCUGCUGUGCUGUGAUUGGCCCACAGAGGGUGGAGACACCAAGGAGUUCUGGGUCAACAUGCCCAACCUGAUGGGCCAUCUGAAGAAAGUAGCCGAGCAGAAGCCGCAGGCGACAUAUUACAAUGUAGAUAUGAUCAAAUAUCAGGUGUCAGCGGACGGCAUCCAAUCCACUCCUCUCAAUCUGGCCGUCAGUUGGCGCGGCGACGCCGACUGCACAGACCUGCGAAUAGACUACAAAUACAACGGCCAUGCCAUGGCGCACCCCGUGCCGCUGCACAACGUCCACUUCCUGGUUCCGGUGGACGGGGGCGUGGCUACACUCCAGGCCAUGGUCCCACCUGCCACCUGGGAUGCAGAGCAGCAGACCAUAGAGUGGAAGAUCCCCAGCCUUUCCAAUAGGUCGGAAAAUGGAGGAGUGGGGGCUCUCCUGGGCCGCUUCCAGAUGACGGAGGGUGUGAGUGCAGGCUCCCAGCUGGGGGUGGACUUCAGCAGCGAGGGCAGCACCUUGUCGGGCUGCCAGGUGCAGCUGCUGGGGAGUGGCUACCGGCUGUCCCUGAUCAAGAAGAGGUUCUCUGCAGGGAAAUAUUUGGCAGACAAUUAGACUGUGACUGCUGCUGCGUUUAUGCAAUUUGUUAACAACAUUUCUACACCUUCAAUGAGGGAAAUGGCAACUUUCAACUUCCUGGUGAUUCAUCCUUCCAGACUGUUGUCCUGUAAAGUGUCAGAUGUAUAGGCUGACUUACCCAUGGUUCCUCUUUCUUCACAAGGUUUCUUUCUUUCUUUCUUUCUUUACUUUACUUUUUCUUUAGCCGUGGAAAUGCCACAUUGUGAAGACUUAAAAUGUUUUUG